UUCAUCACGAAUCCUCAGGCUUGACUUGUCCUCAGUAUGGCAGCGUGUGUGGCGGGGCUGCAGCCAGACUCGGCGGUGGUAGUGGUGGGCUCCUGCAUGACCGACCUGGUCAGCCUUACAUCACGUCUGCCCAAAACUGGAGAAACCAUCCAUGGACAUAAGUUUUUUAUUGGCUUUGGAGGAAAAGGUGCCAACCAAUGUGUCCAAGCAGCCCGGCUUGGAGCCAAGACUUCUUUAGUGUGCAAGGUUGGCAAAGAUUCUUUUGGCAGUGAUUAUAUAGAAAACUUAAAGCGGAAUGAUAUUUCUACAGAAUUUAUGUAUCAGACCAAAGAUGCUGCUACAGGAGCUGCUUCAAUAAUUGUCAAUAAUGAAGGACAGAAUAUUAUCGUCAUCGUGGCCGGAGCAAAUUUGCUGUUGAAUUCUGAUGACCUGAGGAAGGCAGCUGAUAUCAUUAGCAGAGCCAAAGUAAUUAUCUGCCAGCUAGAAAUAUCUCCAGCUACUUCUCUGGAAGCCCUAACAAUGGCCCACAAGAGUGGAGUGAAGACAGUGUUUAAUCCCGCUCCUGCCACAGCUGAUCUUGAUGCACAAUUCUAUUCCGUCUCCGAUGUGUUCUGCUGCAACGAGAGUGAGGCUGAGAUUUUAACUGGACUUAAAAUUAGCAGCCCUGCAGCUGCUGGAAAAGCUGGAUCAGUACUGAUUGAAAGGGGUUGCAAAAUAGUCAUCAUUACAUUGGGUUCUGAAGGAUGUGUAUUUGUAUCGGCUGAAGAACCUGGCCCAAAGCAUAUUCCCACACAGAAGAUCCUCAAACCUGUGGAUACUACGGGGGCUGGAGAUAGUUUUGUGGGAGCAUUGGCCUUCUAUCUGGCUUAUUAUCCUAACCUGCCUAUGGAAGAAAUGAUCAAGAGAGCCAGCUUCAUUGCAUCAGUCAGCGUCCAAACCUCAGGAACCCAGUCUUCUUUCCCUUACAAAAAGGACCUGCCACUUCAUCUGUUUUGAUUAAGAUUCUAAAGCUCCUAUGAUUGCAAUUAGUGUGUACCAGGCAGAGAAUUCAGCUACCAUGUACACUAUAACAUACUCUUCUUUACAUACAAAGGAUGGUUCACCCACCAUCCAGUGUGCCUGCUUUCUGUUAUAGUAAUGAUGACUGAUUUCUUCUUACACACAUUUGCAAAACAGCUGGCCAGGAUUAGGGGUUCAGCCUGAGGCUAUGCUAGGAUUUUGCAGGCAUCUGCAAUUUCAUCACUAUUUGAAAAACAACUCAAAGUCCAAUCCUACUGAUAAUGGGUCAGAAGCACCACACAUAUCCUAGACUCCUUUGCACACAAUCAGCACCCAAUAAAUGUUCAAUGAAUGAAUGGAAUGAACAAAUAAGUGAACAACUGUUUUGAGGUUCCUGAUUUAAAUCUAAAAAAGGAGUGGGUCCCCAGGCGUAUACCUUCCAUACUGACUUAGCAGAGAACAGCCAGUGAACAUGUUACUUGUUUGGCCCAAGGCCUAAUCAUAUACCCUUAUAACAAUUUAUCAAAAUAGUGUCUCAAAAUAACAACUCCUCUUCUGCACCUUCAGCACUAUCUGGAGCCUGUGUAGAACUUAGGAGGGGGAUCAACUCCUCAUCUCUAGUUGUCUGUCUGAACUGAAGGGCAGAUUUUAACCGCCCCUUCCCAAAGCACAGGCUGGCCUGUGGCCAGGGAAGGACUAGUACUUCUGUGACCGCUGUAACCUGCUAGGGGUUCACAGCCAUGGUGUCAUUUCUUCUCUCUCUGUGGCUAGUAAGGAGAUCUUCAUUCUCAGAGAUGCAAACCAAGCUGGUUCUCAGAGGGAGCUGUUCCUUUUUGAUUCCCAUUCCCAUAGAAAUGUCCUUAUGAUAGCCAGGCAUUUGGGAAAAGGAGAUCUCUAAGAAAUGGGCAAGAAGAAUUGGAGAUGCUUCUUGGAAAAGGGUAGGGUUCCUCAAAGGGACGGGAAUCUACAAGUAGAUAGGACCUCAAACCUCAGCUAACAUAUACUCAACAGGAAACAGGGUCACAGAGUGUUAAAAGCUGAAAUGGACUUCAGUGAUAUACUGAUCCAACUGCCUCAUUUUACACUGGCAAAGGGAACUGCCCAAGUUCACGAAGCUGUAGGGGGCGGUCGUCUUGAAGCCAUAUCUUCUAACUCUUAAGCCCAAUGAUCUUUCAUUGCACUAUGAUGGCUUCUAGCCCUGGUGCUGCCAGCUAACCAGCUGUGUGACCACAGGCAACUUUGCAAACUCCUAGGAUUUGGACUUAAAAUCCAAAGUUUCUUUCACUUCUAAAAUUCUAUGAUGCUAAGCUAGUUGCUGCAACCAUGUGGAGGCACUAGACCGUCUUCCCUCUACUAUAGUAAAUCCUUACAAAGCUUCUGAAAAUUUUUUAAAAAACAGCUCAUCCUCCCAAGCUUGAGGAUCUCUAAGGUAGAAGUACGAGUAACACUAUAUGCACUAAAAAAUAUAGACUUUAGAUGCCUGGGACAAGAAAGUGGACCAAAUGCAAGUUUUUUUAAUUAUUUAAACACCAAGUGGGUUCUCUAGGGUUUCUUGGUAUUCUAAACCCUCCAGGUGGAGGUUCCCUACUUUUCCUUUUCAUUUCUGCCUCUACUGAGGCACUUGUUUCAUGAUCAUACUUGCUCUUCUCUGGAGUAAGAAGGGCUAUAAAUCCUUGUGCCAGAAGUACUGUUAUGGAAAGUUUUCAUUUCUUGUUAUUAUAUGAAACAAUGGUCAUUUUUAAAAAAUCAACCAUACUGUUAAAAAUCAGUGGAAAAAAAUCACUAAGAGACAAUAGUAUUAGCUAUUUUAAUAUUUUUUAUUGAAGUCUGUAAAAAUAACCAGAAAGAUAAAUAAAUGUUGAUGCAAUGAUCUGUGUCCUAAA